AAUUUCUCACCCAUUCCACAGUUCCGAUCCAUUGGCCUCCAUUAACAGCGUGGAUAGCGUUUAAAUCUGCAAAUUUUGAAAAGAUCAGGCGUCUCCUGCAAAAAAUCUAGUACGCAAUUCUGGACCUUUUCCAACUUCAAUCAAGCACGAAAAAGACCUGUUCUUUAUAAAAGAGAGCGCUUUAUUAUGCAAAGCUUCAAGGGUUCAUUGAAAAGUAAGGAAGGAGCUUGGGGGUGAAGCUGACAAUAGGAAGAGGUCUUUUUCUUCAAACAGGGAAUCAAAGAAAUCCUCUUGAGCUCUUGAAGAAGAACCAGUGUUUCUUUUUCCAGUGUUGCUGCUGUUGAUAGCUCUUUACACUCGACAUCUGGAUCUGGAUCGUCUGUGGACCUGGUGCAUAAUUUUUUAGCAUUGGCAUAGACUUGCCUGAUGGAUUUAUCAUUGUCUGGUAGUGGUAAUUCAGCUCUACAUCAAAAUGACAAAUCACCUUUAGUUGCGGAAAAGCAUUGGGAAACCAAUGUCUACAUAUGGGACAUGGACGAGACACUUAUAUUGUUAAAAUCUUUGUUGGAUGGGACAUUUGCAAAUGCGUUUAAUGGUUCGAAAGAUUCAAGAAAGGGAAAAGAAAUUGGGACAUAUUGGGAAGACCAUAUCCUACAAGUUUGUGACAAGUAUUUCUUCUAUGAGCAAAUUGAAAACUACAAUGAACCUUCUCUCAGUGGUUUGAGGGAAUAUGAUGAUGGGAAGGACCUUGCAGAUUAUGAUUUCAGCAAAGAUGGUUUUACUUCUCCUUAUGAUGAUGCCAACAAGAGGAAACUUGCAUUUAGACAUCGUGCCAUUGCAGAAAAAUAUUCAAAGGGUUUAGAAAAUGUACUUGACCAAGAAAUGUUGAAAUAUUGGGAUGACCUUUAUAAUCUCACGGAUAAUUAUACUGAUGGAUGGCUUUCUUCAGGGCGUGCCCUUUUGGAGCAGAUUUCUGGCAAAAAUAAAGGGGUUUCUGAUAAUCUUAUAUCUGAAGGCGCUACGUCUGCGAGGAAAUGCCAUCACAUUAAUGUCUUAGUUACUUCCGGAUCCUUAAUUCCUAGUCUUGUCAAGUGCUUGCUCUUUCGGUUGGAUGACUUAAUUUUACAUGACAAUGUCUAUAGCUCGUGGGAAGUGGGAAAGCUCCAUUGUUUCAAACGGAUCAAGGAACGUUUUGGAGGUCCAGCUGUCCGUUUUUGUGUGAUCGGAGAUGGAAUGGAGGAAUGCGAUGCUGCACAGAGAAUGAAUUGGCCGUUCAUUAAAAUCGAUUUGCACCCAACUGGUCCUCAUAGAUUUCCAGGUCUCACUAUGAGAACAGUUGAACAUUAUAUUGAUGUAAUCUACGGAAAAUCUGACUGAGAAUGAAGAAUGAGUUACAGCACAAACUGGGAGACUAGAUAGCUGCUUACAUCUUAUUUCACCUAGAUUUCAGAGGGCAAAAGGCUUUUGCAAAGUGAGAUGACAGUGAAGAAACAAUAUUCCUUGCCUCCCAUGAAGCAGCCACAAUUCAUAUGAAUAACUGGUAACUAUUUGAGAAGAUACAGGAAAUCUUCUUGACUUGGUGUUUCCAUCGGUAGAAGGUUUGCAUUUGUUUGUUGUACGGUUAAUUUUUUCUUCCAGACUACGGUUAUAUCUUGAAGAGCAUCGGGAUAUUUGUGAAAUCACACGAAGGUCAACCUCUCUGAUGAUUAGAAGAAAUAAUUGGUCAUGUCAUCAAUUCUCAGUUAAAGGGUUUUCUCAUUUGCGGCAACAGUUCACAAGGGUGAGUGACAACUACUUGCUCGGUUUUGGUCAUUGACCGCCACAAAUCAUCCAGUUUCAGCCUGAACACUGGUUUCUUUAGGUCAAUUGCAAAUAGACCCCUGUAUAUUGUUCAGUUGCAAAUAGACCCCCGACCGAACUUUUUGACUCUUCUACCCUCAGAAGGUCUAUUUGUCAAAAAAAAAGAGCCAACUUUUCACUCAGUGUUUUGUCUGCAACAAUAGAACUAUGGGGUUCAUCUGCAUUUGGGCGAUGGUACAGUGGUCUGUCCGCAAUUUGGUGAUAGUAUAGGGGGUCUAUUCAAUAUGAGUUCUUCUUUUUGUAACAGGAUCGAUUGAUUUUGGCGUGUAAAGUAUGAUUGUGCUCGACAAUAGUUUGCAAAAGUUGAGGGAGCAUCAUGAAAGGGUGGUUUGGAUUCUAGUUUUCCCUUUGCCUGUGAGUGUUAUUGUAACUAAUAGUAGCGUCAGGUGCACUAAUAUCUAGUCUCCCUGGAAUUUCCUUGUACAUAUCAGUCAUGUUGAUUGUACGAUGUCUUUUUCUUUA